ACAAAGUAUUUUUUGCUAAAAUCAGUUCAUCUGCAACAAUGGUUUGGAGUAGAACCAUUUGUGUUGUCUCUUUUACCUUGUUUCUUGUCCACAUAGCAGGUGUAUCGAUUAAGCAUCUUUCUAAAGAAAAUGAUCAUGAUGCAGCUUUUCAGGAACAAAAGGAUAUUUCAGAAAUUAAUUUAGCUGCUGGCGUGGACUUCUUUGAAGGAGACAUCCUUCUUCCGAACUCCAGAAACGCCCUGAGAGACCCAACCACCAGGUGGCAGUUCCCCAUUCCUUACAUUCUGGCUGACAAUCUAGCGCUGAAUGCUAAAGGAGCCAUUCUCUAUGCCUUUGAAAUGUUCCGCCUCAAGUCCUGUGUGGAUUUCAAGCCCUAUGAAGGAGAGAGCUCAUAUAUCAUAUUUCAGCAAUUUUCUGGGUGCUGGUCUUGGGUUGGUGACCAACAUAUGGGACAGAACCUCUCCAUUGGUUUGGGGUGUGACUAUAAGGCCAUCAUCGAACACGAGAUCUUGCAUGCUUUGGGAUUUUACCAUGAGCAGUCAAGGAGCGACCGGGAUGAUUAUGUCAACAUCUGGUGGGAUGAAAUUAUUUCAGGUUACAAGCACAACUUCGAUACCUAUGAUGACAGUUUCAUCACUGAUCUCAACACACCUUAUGAUUAUGAGUCUCUGAUGCACUAUGCGCCUUUUUCAUUUAACAAGAAUCAAAGUUCCCCUACCAUCACAGCCAAGAUCCCUGAGUUCGGUUCCAUUAUUGGGCAGCGCCUAGAUUUCAGUGCCAUUGAUUUAGAGAGACUGAACCGGAUGUACAAUUGCACCUCAACACACACCCUUUUGGACUAUUGUGCUUUUGAGAAGACAGACAUCUGUGGGAUGAUUCAGGGCACCAGAGAUGAUGCUGACUGGGUCCAUAAGGACAGUGGUCAGGCUGGACAAGUGGAUCACACGUUGGUGGGACAAUGCACAGGUGCGGGCUACUUCAUGCAUUUCAACACCAACUCAGGGGCGGCAGGAGAGGCAGCCCUACUGGAGUCUCGAAUUCUUUACCCAAAGAGGACACAGCAGUGCCUGCAGUUUUUCUAUAAGAUGACAGGAAAUCCUUCAGAUAGACUCACGGUCUGGGUCAGAAGGGAUGACAGCACAGGCAAUGUGCGCAAACUGGUCAAGAUGGAAACCUUUCAAGGAGAUUCUGACCAUAAUUGGAAAAUUGCCCAUGUGACACUCAAAGAAGAAAAGAAAUUUCGCUAUCUUUUCCAGGGCACAAAAGGUGACCCUCAGAACUCAGCUGGGGGAAUUCAUCUGGAUGACAUCACUCUGACAGAAACCCCCUGCCCUGCAGGGGUUUGGACAAUACGGAACAUCUCCCAGGUCCUUCAGAACACCAUUCAAGGGGAUAAGCUCAUGAGCCCUCGAUUCUAUAAUUCAGAGGGCUAUGGUUUUGGGGUCACUUUAUACCCCCAUGGAAGAAUAACCUCCAGUAACUCUGACUACUUGGGGCUUGCUUUUCACCUGUGCAGUGGAGAGAAUGAUGCCAUCUUGGAAUGGCCAGUGGAGAACAGACAGGCAGUAAUGACAAUACUUGACCAAGAAACUGAUGCCAAGAACAGGAUGUCUUUAAGCUUGAUGUUUACUACUUCCCAGGCCCAUACAUCUUCAGCAAUAAAUGGCUCUAUCAUCUGGGACAAGCCAUCCAGUGUGGGAGUCUAUGAUAAAGACUGUGAUUGUUUUCGAAGCGUUGAAUGGGGCUGGAGCCAGGCCAUCUCCUACCAACUACUGAAAAGAUGGAGUUUCCUUAAAAAUGAUGAUCUCAUCAUUUUGGUGGACUUUGAAGAUAUCACCCACCUGAGCCAGACUGAAGUUCCUACUCCAGGCAGAAGGCUGACCCCCCAAGGCCUUUUUCUUCAAGGCCAGGAGCACCAGGCCUCAGAAGAAGGCUCAAGAAAGGCCAAGUUAGAAGAAGUCCUACCUGGUACCCAGGACCAGGGGCAGCCCAGCCGACAGAAGCGGUCAGUGGAGAACACAGGCCCUAUGGAGGACCACAACUGGCCACAGUACUUCAGAGACCCCUGUGAUCCAAACCCUUGCCAAAAUGAAGGCAUCUGUGUGAAUGUGAAGGGCAUGGCAAGCUGCAGGUGCGUCUCUGGACAUGCCUUCUUCUACACGGGGGAGCGCUGUCAAGCCAUGCAGGUGCACGGCAGUGUGCUGGGGCUGAUGAUUGGAGGCACAGCUGGUGUGAUCUUCUUGAUUUUCACCAUUGGCUCCAUCAUUUUACAAAGGUCAAGGCAGUGACACAUCUACUGACAUCGGCCAGACUAUAGAAGCACCUCCUUCACUCAGACCUU